CAUCAUGGCGAGCAUGCGGGCGCUGACUGCGUGCGGGCUGCUGCUGGCCUUCUGCGCGCUGGCACUGCUCGCCAUAGCCAUAAGCACGGAUUACUGGUACGAGACGGAUGCUCGGCGUCACCGGGAACGCUGCAAGAAAUACGCGGGUAAGAGAAUCGACCCAGGCUUUAUCUACAUCUAUAACCAGAACCUGCCGCUCCGCAUGCUGCCCAGGAUCAUGCCCAGAGAGAGGCGCGACCUGCUGCCCCUAUCAUCGGCUAUGGAGUCGCGCUGCAGCCGCAGGUUCAACUCGACUGCCACCGGCCUGUGGAGGAAAUGCCACCGAGAGGGCUUCGAUCAGGAAAACGAGGAGCUCAUCUUUAAAGGUCUACUUCAGCGCUGCACUCCGGUGAAAUAUUACUAUUCCUCGUCCAAUGUUCCACGCAAUCUCCCAGAGAACAUAACAAAGACAAUACGACAAGACGAGUGGCACGCUCUCCAUUUGCAGAGGAUGACCGCAGGGUUUAUUGGCAUGGCAGUGUCCAUCAUCCUGUUCGGCUGGUUUAUUGGAGUAUUGGGCUGCUGUAAGCACAAUGAGCUGAUGCAGUAUGUGGCAGGUCUGCUCUUUCUAAUGGGAGGGACCUGCUGUAUCAUCUCUCUGUGCACAUGUGUGGCUGGGAUAAACUUCGAGCUCUCCCGCUACCCACGCUACCUGUAUGGGCUGCCGGAGGACAUCGGUCAUGGAUACGGUUGGUCCAUGUUCAGUGCCUGGGGGGGCCUGGGUCUGACCCUGCUAGCUGGAUUUCUGUGCACCCUGGCUCCGUCACUACACAGCCCUCAGACCACCACUGUACACAAACCCCGGCAGGAGAACGGCAUGGUGUGACAAACUUAACAGAGAACUCCAGAAAUUUGAACACAUACCUGGCACAAGCUGGAAGACAGCUACCAUAUAAUUAUGUGCAUGUAUGUCACGGAACAAGAGACGGAAGGAUUUGAUAAAACAGAAGCACACACACUCACAAGCACAUGUACACAUCCAUCCUGCAGAGGUAAACCAGGCUCCUGUCUGUGCACCUUUUCAAAUCAUAACAACUGGGGGAGGUUUACAGUGAUGCUGAGCAGGGAAAAUAAGCAAUGGAAUGAUCCAGAAACAAAAAAGCCCUGAACUCGCUAUGUAUUUUUAAGUGACAUGAAUUUACAAAGAGCACAAAAAGCAAAAUAUAUCUACUCCCAAAAAUCUGUUACUGGGAUUACAUUUUAUUUAUUUUUAAGGUGCUCUCACUCCUUUUACUUCUCCCUUAUUUAUUUUUAUCUUCUCUCCUUGUCAAUCCAGCUCAGUCUGUCUCAAUAUGUCACCCUUUGUCACUUCCUUCCUUGUCUGUU